AUGAAUUCUUAUAUUUAUUUACUCCAAACAAAAGAUGUGGAUGCAGCACUGAGCAGCUCCAAUGCAAAAUGGAAACUUGUUGUUGGCCACCAUGCCAUCUUAAGUGCAGGACACCAUGGAAUCACAGUAGAGCUUCUACAGCAGCUUGUUCCAAUUCUACAGGAACAUAAUGUUGAUGCUUACAUAAACGGGCAUGAUCACUGUAUCCAACAUAUCAGCAGCAGUCACAGCAACAUUCAAUUCAUAACAAGUGGAGGCGGCUCAAAGGCCUGGAGGGGUGAUAUAAGGAAGUGGGAUCCAGAGGAAUUGAAGUUAUAUUAUGAUGGCCAAGGAUUUAUGUCAGUGCAAAUGACCGACUCCACGGCCGCUUUUGCAUUUUAUGAUGCCUAUGGCAGUGUUUUGCACCAAUGGAGCAUAUCCAAAGAGAGUCACUCAGCUGCAUAA